AUGCCGCCCGUGCGCCCCAAACUAUCCAUUACGCUUCCUCGCAAUUUCACCUUUCACUAUACGGAGGGUCAACCUCCCAAGACACCUGAGAGGACAUUGGAAUCCGAGGAGCCUCGACAGCCAUCGCCUCCACGGUAUCGCAUUCGCAGAAGACCCAGGGCAAAUCUAUCAAUUUCUUCGUAUGAGCCGUUUUCUUUGCCGACGAAGCCUCAGGAUGUCCCUAUCCCCACAAUCGAAACUUCGGAGCCAGCUUUAAGUCACCCGUAUUCAGGCAACGUGUCCCCCGAACCAGAACCACAGGAGGGAUAUCUUGCUCCAGUGCCUCCUCGUCGCCACAUGUCUACCCCAAGGACGCCGCUUGCUCAAAUCCAGACGGGUUUUGACGAUGUCCAUGCAAGCAAGGACCGCGUGUUCUGGGGCCAAAAGGCAGAGCCAAGCCCUGGAGAGAGCAUCAGUCGACCCAGCUCGGCUUGUUCGGGCCUUUCUGAUUCUUCAGAGUCUUCACUCACUAGCUCUGCCUCUCUUCCAUCUACCGGCGGCAGCUGCACCAGCCCUGAAAGUGAUAUCCCCGAUCCCUUUGGCUUGAGAUCUGCACGCAAAGGAAAGAGUCGCAUCAUCCAUGCUAGUGCUGCUGAUGCCACUUCGGAUGACGUUUUCCAAACUAGUCAUGAACGUUCAAAGAAGCGCAAACACUCACAUUGGACUGCCGAAAUGGACAGUCAUUUGUGGGCUACAUAUUUGCUCUAUCUCCAGGACCCUACUAUGACCCCAUUCAAGAUGCUGCCAGGCUGCACCCCACCCUUGGGCGUCUGUCAUCGAGUCGCGAGAGAAGCAAAGCAGAGCUGGCGUACCUCAAAGUAUGCUGCCGCGGCUGCUAUUGCAACGCCCGUUUCUCCGAUGGGUUUCUCGCUUGACGGUAAUGGCAAGCAGGUUCUUAGAGACGUUCAUGAUGAUAACGAUGAUGAAGUACAUGCAAUCACUCCAAGCGAUUCUCCCGACACGAUCAAACCUUCGCGCAGUGGAAGCAACACGCCUACUGGGGCCUCUCAAACCAACAGAAAGCCCAUCUCGAAAUGGCCUAGCUCCGAGUCGGCCACCAGAAAGAGACUCCGAGAGCUGUGCAAGCGGAAGCCGACGCUUUCGACUCACUAUCAACGUUUGCUCCACUCUCGAAGUCCUUCGCCUUUCCACCAGUCUCGCUCGCAGUCUCGCUCCUCUCGCUUUUCGACUCCCUUUGGAGGAUUUGAAGAACGGCCGGCUUUUGGCACACGUGACAUGAACAUGUCAUUGAGCACCAGCACGUCGACAAUGAUGCAACCUGGCAAUCCACUCCUUCAGUUUGCCCAAGAGGACAAUGACCGCAGUUUCCCGGAGGCUGAAGAUAAUGGGUGGUUCCAACGGGCUCCAAUCUCGGCCACGUUGCCAGUUAAGCAACGACAGGCACUUUCCCUUGGUCUCGGAAUCGGUGGCUUGAAUGGCUCAAACACAUUCCCUCGGCUUGGCUCUCCAUUCCACGACAAAUAUCAUAAACGCGAGCCCCUGCGUACCUAUCACGACGAUUACGUGCGGCCGUCGCCUCCAAGGACCGAGUCUGCUCCACAGACGGACUCUGAAACUGCUACUACGAAUAGCUACUGGAGCCAGAGCCAGGAGGCCCGCUCCCCUAUGACACCUCAAUUGCAAGAACCGCUUUCAUAUCCGAGCCUUACCCGCCGACGCGCUCGGCGUCAGCUCGAGCGGGAGCGAGAGAUGAGCCCCAAGGAGAGCGACGACCACCAUGACUUUGUCGAUGAAUUGUUUGGAGCUCCGGCCGAGAUUAGCCAUAGGCGCGUGCGCAGCCGAGGAUUCAGUCUUGGGGAUGUCGGUAGUGCUGGCCGACACUACAGCUUAGCCACGCCGCCUCCCCUGUAUGACAGACUCGACGACGCGGCGUUUGGAUACUCGGCCUCUUUUGAUAGCACUCCGGCUUUGCAUUCGCACCGCGAUCGAAUCCAGCGCCUCGGCUCACCGUUUGGCGGCUAUCAGAAGCCCGUGCUUUCGUCUUCGACCACGCUUCCUGACUUGGCCACUUACCACGUCCCCCAAACUCCUUCAAUUCAACAACGUUUGGACGACUACCGGGACGAGAGCGUUUUGCGCCGCAAAGACCGCCUGUUGUAA